UGAUCCAUUCCUCUCACCGAAGGGGUUGUUCAUGGGCACAGUGCGUCCCAGUGAAGCACUCAGCACAAUGACCGAGGGUGAUUUCGGCAUUUUUACACUCGGUCCGACCAUGAUCGACCACAAAGAGCCAAAACAUCACACUCUCCAAAAACUAUACUGCAGCAAUGGAGGAUACCAUCUCCGCAUCCAACCCGACGGGACAGUCGACGCGAGCCGACAGGACAACGACGUUCACACUAUUUUGAAGGUAAAAACAGUAAAGGCAGGAGUGGUGGCCAUCAGGGGUCAUGAUACUGGACAAUACAUUGCAAUGGACAAAUCUGGAAAACUUUAUGGCACUGGUACGAUAAAUGAUGAAUGUUACUUCAUUGAGAAGAUCGAGGAGAACCACUACAAUACGUACCGUUCACAGAGGUACCAGGAGAAUGGAGACUGGUACAUGGGGAUCAAGAAGAACGGAUAGACAAAAAACGGCUCCAGAACACACAAGGGCCAAAAUGCAAUCUACUUCCUACCAAUUCCAGUGGAUGGCAGCAUUUAGUAGGCUAAUAACCGCAACAGAGGCCCUAGAAACUACUCAAGAACAAAUAACACCACAUUUUAUAACUGUAUAA